GAGGCUGCUGUAUUGUUUUGAUUAAGAAAAGCACCUGGAAAGACAGCGAUCACCUAAUCUCAGGCUACGAUCGCCCCUGUAGUGAUGGAGGAGCAGACAGGCUCUCCUGGAGCCAAUGCGGACAGCAACAGCCAGAGAAACGGAGACGAGAAGCCCCGACGUGGCAGCUGGACCAAGGGGAGGAAGAGGAAGAAGCCAAUGAAGGACAGCAACGCACCCAAAGCGCCCCUGACGGGCUACGUGCGCUUCAUGAACGACAGACGGGAGCAGCUACGGGCCGAGCGUCCAGACGUGCCCUUCCCAGAGAUAACCAGGAUGCUGGGCAACGAGUGGAGCAAGCUGCCCCCCGAGGAGAAGCAGCGAUACUUAGAAGAGGCAGAGCGAGAUAAGGAGCGUUACAUGAGGGAGCUGGAGAAGUACCAGAAGACGGAGGCCUACAAACAUUUCACCAGGAAGGUCCAGGAGAAGCAGAACGGCAAGCGGCACAGGGGAGAUGCUGGACACCAGGUAGCCAACGAAGCUCUCCAUGAGAAGGAUGCAGAAGGGAAGGACAGAACUGUGUUUGACAUCCCGAUCUUCACCGAGGAGUUUCUCAACCACAGCAAAGCCCGUGAAGCCGAGAUGCGGCAGCUGCGCAAGACCAACAUGGAGUACGAGGAGCGGAACGCAGCGCUGCAGAAGCAUGUCGAGAGCAUGCGCGGAGCGGUCGAGAGGCUGGAGGGGGAUGUGAUGCAAGAGAGGGGACGCAACGGGCUCCUCCACCAGCACCUGGAGACCCUGCGCCAGGCGCUCGCCUCCAGUUUCUCCACCGUGCCUCUGCCAGGUAGCGGAGAGACGCCCACUCUUGAAUCCAUUGACUCCUACAUGAAGAAGCUCCACAGCGUCAUUGUCAGUAACCCGCAAGAACACGAGAAUCUUGUUAACACUGUGAGAGACGUCGUCAACCGUUUGGACAGAUAAUUAGAGAAUUGGACUCUUGUCAUCUGAUCUGAUGGUUCAAGCGACUUUUAGCAGAAGCUGUUUCCAGUUCGAUGCCUUGCUCCGUGACUCUGUCUGUUAUACCAACUUUAAACUGUCUUUUGUUACUCUGCUAAAGUGAUGUAGGUGAUGUAACCUUUCAUAUUUAUUUAUUGUUUUUUUUACACUUGUUUUUCUUUCACACGGAAAAAAAAUUCAGUUUUAUAUAAUAAUCAGACGACAGGACAUAAAACGAUUUCUGUCAGUCUUUGCUCCUGUUCUGUCUUUCACCGUCCAUUUAUAGCAAAAUGCCUCCACAACAAUAUCUAAACCACUUGUCAAACAGUUUGUAACUGAUCAAAGAAAAAUAUGUCUGUGGGUUUGUAUUCACCAUAUCCAAAAAAUGUAAGCAGGCCAUCUGAUGCUCCGCUAAAGAGAAAUGUGCCAUUUAUGUUUUUUUUCUCUUUGUGAAAAUGUGUUUUUGUGUUUUCAAUAAAUGUAUUUACAUCA